AUGGCUUCAGCAAGAAAAACCAGCCAUCCUGUGUGCAAUGUUUUUGAUGACUUCAGUGAUAUUUCCUUAGAAGACUAAAAAAUGGAAGACAUUAGAAACUUGAAAAUCAGUAGAAGCCUUACCCAAAUGGCACCGGGUCAUAGGAGAUUUCUAAAAAUAGAACAAAUUAUGGGUGAAAAACACUUACUUGCAAAAGAGAACGCUGUGCUGGGAUGUGGGCCCAGGCUGUCCUCAGGCCGACCCCCAACCACUGCCUCCAAACUCAGGAUCGAGGCCACCCUCGCAAAGGUCGCGCAGCUAGAGAGCAAAAUCAUGAAUCGGAAGCUGAGGGUGGAUUCGUCUAGUGUGGAAUCUCUCCCAAAGACCUCUGAGGACAGCUUUCCAAGGAGAGCAGACAAAAUCCCCCCCAGGAAUACAGUUGAACUUUCUUCACCGAACCCAUGUAAAACCUCUGAGAAGCAGUCCCGUGACAUUCCUGUCACUGAGAGCAACACUCGGAGUGGGAAGGUCAGCAGGUUUCUAAAGAAGAGGGGGCCGCCCAUUGAAAGUACAUCCCCUGAAGCACAUUUUGAGAACCAGAGGAAUUUUCAGACACCCAAAGAGAAAGAACCUACCAGGAAAUUGGAUUCUCCAAACAGGAAUGAGGAAGGACUGAAAGAGUUGCUGGGAAGUUUGAUGGAAUCUUCUAGAGAAAAAGGGACAUACACAAAUCAGGGUUUCUGCAGCACCAGUGAAAAAGAACAAAUAAAAUUAUCCUUGGAUCACAUCCCAACACAACCAAAAGUCCUUUUGCUACCCAGUGAAGAACUUUCCAGCCCAAAGCCACUUUGGACAUCACAUCUGCCAACUUCACAGUCAGGAGACAGGACCCUGUGCAGCAGUAUGUACCCCAGAGCUGGCUGCUCGUGGACUCGUGCUUCUGGGGACACAGCCUCCCGAGAGAUGUCACUUUCCAUCACUGGAACCUUUUCAAAGUCAGUACCCUCAACAAUGGGGCACAGCAAGCUCUCGUCCCGCCCUGGCAGGCGUGAGGCUGGGCCUCAGGAUGAGUCACUCUCAGAAGCCACCGAUAACAGCCUGAACGAUGUUAGAGUAAAUAUUUUAUCCCUUGAUGAUCUGGCACCAGCUGUCAGUGAGAAACCAGACUUGGAACAGAAAAAAGAAGGUCAGAGCGUAAAGGCAUCCAGCAAAAGCCGCUGGGCUGGAGGCGCCCCCACUGGAGGGGAGGUCUCGGAGCACCUGAGUGAGCUGGCAGCCUCCUCUUCCGAGGGCCCUGCCAGGCUGAAGCCAGAGUCUCAGGAGCUGCUGGCCAGCAGCACGGCAUGCUCAGUCUACUCGGAAGAUUUUGAAAAAUCCCCAUGUCUGACAGCAUCUGAGGCAUCAGUACAUUCUAAGGCGUCUGCAGACAGCACGCUGGACACCAUGUCUGAAUUCUCUGCAAGCCCGAGGGCAGACCUGCUGCCACCCACACUCAAGUCUCCGAAAAAGGAGGCCAAGGAUGUGACAAGAGUCAUAGUGAAGGAGAAAGCCGUGCAAACUCUCGACCCGGCCCUCACCUGCCAGUGCGCCAAGGGGGCCGGUGUGGCAGCCGUCGGGCCAGCCCUGGGAGGUGCCUACGUGGACCCCACGCCCAUCGCCAGUCACAUCAUCAGCAUGGGUGCAAUAGAAGCCCUGACAGCUUACAGCCCGGCCGUGUUUGCACUCAACGACAUGCUGAAGCAGCAGCUGAGCCUGACGCAGCAGUUCAUCGAGGCCAGCCGGCACCUGCACGUGUCCCUCCUGCAGUCCCUGGACCAAGAGUCGUACCAUUACCACACCCUGGAGGAGACCAAAGAGUACAUCAGGCACUACAGGCCUGCCCCGCUGACCAUGGAGGCCACCCUGGAGGAGGUGCAGGAAGAGCUUGAACCUUCCAGCCGCCAGCUCCUGGGGUGCCAAGCCCUGGAGGUGACGCACCACAGGCCAGUGCAGCGGGACCCAGGUGGAGCUGUCCACAUUCACGGCAGGCAGGAUGGAGACUCCAAGGAGCGGCUCCGCUCGGCUGGGUGCCGGCUUCCCAGUGACUGAGGUGGACGGGGAAACAAGGACAUGGCCAGGUGUCUACAUUGGAGACUCCCAGGCAAGAUGCCACCAGUGCAGAGCAGACCCAAGUCCAUAAGCCAUCUCCCCACUCAGCCUUAGAACACUUCUGACUUACACACAAAGAGAAUGAAGUCUUUAAAAAAAGGCUUUAUUUGAAGGCAAAACAGUAAAACCCACAAGAAAUUGUUAACAGCACGUGUUUACACUUUAUCCUGAUUCAGACAUGUUUGAACAAUUCACAGCUACAGGAAGUCUAAAGCAAAAUCAAAUAUUUUAUCACAUCAGGUUGAAAAGGUGAAGAGUUUGCAUUUUAUUGAAAAGAAGUUUUCAAAAAUGUUUCUGUACAAAUAAAUGGCACCACACUGGGCUGUCCGUGAAUGCCAGUUGCCAGUUGCAGCCACUCCUGGCACAGUCACCACAGCUCCCAGGAGAGGAGGCUGCCUCCUGGCCUCACCUCCCUUUGGAGGGCAGGGGGUCAGGCAAAGGAAAUGACAGAGCCAGAGGCGUGUGGGCCUUUACCCUCCCCCCACUCCGGAUCUGAGUGGCUGUCACGUGGGCUGUCACGGGCUUUCCUCUCUGCCACAGGUGGGUAGAGAUGCCAGGGCACAGAUUCUCCACAGGUGUCAUCCUGUGACCUGAAGAUGCCUCAGAUCAGUUUCCUUAGAACGUUUUGUUUCUGCAGAUAAUAGCAAAUGGCUAACAUUCCAAAAAAGUAUUCAACUUCAACAACUAAAAUAACUGAACUAAGGGCCAGUAUGUCAGAGGAAUCAGGUUUUCAAAUGACCUCUGGGGGACCAUCUUAGAACAAUGUUCUUUUUCUGUAACUAAACCAUUUGGAGUAUAAACGAAAACCCUGUUUAACUUUGCAAA